AUGGCUAAAGAUGCUUUGGGAUUGAUUGAUCAUCUGGGUUGGGCUCAGUGUCACGUAGUGGGUGUCUCUAUGGGUGGAAUGAUUGCAUUAGAAUUGGCUCUAUUAGCAAAUCGUAGAAUUCUUUCACUCACCCUCAUGGCCACACAUGCUGGUGGUUUAAUGGGUCAAGCGCCAUUCAUUGGCAUGCGCCACAUUAUUCGAACGUUUACAAUACGUGACGACCAUCAACUUGUGGAAAAUGCUCUUGCUAUGCUUUAUAGUCGAAAGACACUAAGCGAUUCUGAGAAACGACAGUAUUUCUACGAUUAUUAUCGUGAAAGAUUCAAGACUCGUGUUCCCCUAUCGCUAGUCGGCAAUUUUGGUCAAAUGUUUGCCGUUCAACGACACUACAUAAGCUACGUUGAUCUAUUAAAAAUUCGAUAUUCAAAUUUUCCUUGCUUGGUUAUGGUGGGUACUGAAGACCGACUUGUACGCGAGACUAAUUCCUAUAUGCUUCAACGAACACUUGACUGUCGACUCGUCAAACUCGAACAUGCAGGACACGACUUAGGAGGUGAAUGUACUCAGCAAGUCAAUCAAGAAUUAUUAGCAUUUUUCGAAUCGGUCGAGUUGAAAGAUCAUCCAUCACAUGUAUCAAGCGAAUAUACGACAGAAGUGCGAGCUCUGGAACUUUGCUGUCAACAUCGCACUCAUUGUUUUGUUUACAAUCUUGUUGGUUUCCUUAAGGGUCUACUUCUCGGUUUGAUUCUUUACUGUGCGUUAACUAGUGGGUUGACGAAGAAUGAACUGAUGAAUAUUCAUCUAUGCACUCGCUGUAUGGUGCUCAUCGGCUGUUUGAAAGGCUUGCAUCGAUCGAUAUUAUGUGUUUUCAAUGCAUUUCGAGCGCGACGUUUUGUCCGAAAACAUCAGUUAUUUCUCGAGCGAGCGGCUAAUCACGGUGGCAUUGGAAUCACUUUACCUAGCCGACACAAGAAUGGCAUACCAAAUGGAUGCGGUUUCGAACUACCUGUCUUGCCACUUAUAUUCACUGUCUGUCUCAUUAGCCUUGCCUGGUGGACAAGACAAUAUGAUUAA